ACUUAUAAACCAGGGUUUGUAUUAUUACGGUAAUGCCAAUUUACAUGAGAUUGAUUCUUUCUACUUUGAUUCAUUUUCUUCGACUAAAUCAUGACAUCCAAACAAAAGAAACACCAUAUUCUUGUUGGAGAUUAGUGUCCCGAGGGAGAAGAAAAUUAUCAGAGCUAGACAAUCGUUUACGCAUAAAACUAUGUCUUCUUAAAGACGCUUGUGCUGUUUUGGGUACCAUUAACUCCGCCAUCUUGACCUUCUUCUUCGCCUUAGUGGGGACAUUGCUAGGGGCACUUACAGGAGCUUUGAUAGGCCAAGAAACUGAGAGUGGUUUCAUCAGAGGAGCAGCAAUUGGUGCCAUUUCGGGAGCUGUUUUCUCUAUUGAGGUCUUUGAAUCAUCGCUUGAUCUCUGGAAAUCCGAUGAGUCAGCUUUCGGAUGUCUUCUCGAUUUGGUGAGCCCCAAAAUCACAAACCUACCAAUAAUGACGCUCUAAUAAACUAAAAAUAAUUUGCACAGCCACGAU